AUGGACGACGACGGCGACGGGCUGCUGCAAAUCUACGUCCACCACGCGAGGAACAUCCACAACAUCUGCAUCUACGACAACCAAGACGUGUACGCCAAAUUCUCCUUGACUUACAACCCAGAUGACACCGUUUCGACCAGAAUCGUCAACGGCGGCGGGAAGAACCCGGAGUUCAACCAGCGGCUGGCGAUGAAGGUGGCUCAAUCCGACGCCGUGUUGAAAUGCGAGAUCUGGAUGCUGAGCAGAGCUCGGAACUUGAUGGAGGAUCAGCUUCUGGGUUUUGCUCUGGUCCCAAUUUCAGGGGUUGUUGGGAAAGGGCAGGUGUCAGCGGAUUACAGCCUGUCCUCCACCGAUCUGUUUCAUUCCCCUGCCGGAACAGUGAAAUUGACACUCUGUUUAUCGCCUUCGGCCGCCGGCGCGUCAGGGGAGAGCAGUAAUUGCUCGAUUUCGUCGGAGGUCGUGCUGCUGGACCGGAGGAUCUCGGAAGUGGUCGCUCUGGAUCCGGUGGAGUAUUCGAGGAUCGAAUUCCCCGAUAUCCGAGUUGCGAAGCAGAAUCAGGAGAUGGUUACGGAGUAUUUCCACCGGAAAUUGGGAUCUUUCCUCCAUCUCGGGAACUCCCCUGUUUUUCAUGAUUGCGAAAUGACCUCCGCCGACGGUGGUUCGAUUUCUCCCGCCGACAGCGUUCACGUCUCGUCUGGGUUUCUUAGCUCUACCACGACGAGCUUGAGCGACGAUAGGAAUUCAUCGGAUUCGAAGGACAAGAAGGGAGGUAACGGCGGCGGAGGAGGGCGAUCGUCGUCGUCGGCCGAAGGUAACCAGAGCUCGUCCUCCUCCGGCGGGUGCCCCGACACCCCGACGUCGAGGAAAGGGAGCGAAAUCAGGGACCGGAAAGAAGGCAGAGAAGAGGGGAACGGGAAUUCGAUCGACGGAGGGGGGAAAUACGGGAAAGUUGGUCCGCCGGCGCUGGUGCCGGACAUGAAUUUGGAGGCAGAGCAGUCGGCGAUGCAGCAGCAGAUAGUGGAUAUGUACAUGAGAAGUAUGCAGCAGUUCACCGAGUCACUCGCCAAGAUGAAGCUUCCGAUGGAUCUGGACAAACCCAGAAGCGCCGGCGGCGGCGAUUUGAGUCAAUCACAACAUCAGCAGGAGCAGCAGCAGAAGAAGAAAAAGGAUGGAUCACGGGUGUUUUACGGGAGCCGAGCAUUCUUCUAA